AUGACUCACAAUCUGGUGGGGAGAGUUGUUUCGGAGAGAGAGAUUUCUUUUCACACCAUCAAAUCUAACGUGAUGCGCCUUCUUCAACCGGUUAAAAAAUGUGAGAUACUUCCGAUCUCAUCAAACAGAUUUAUGAUCAAAUUCCACCAUCCUCUGGACUGUAAACAUGCUAUGGAGGGUUGCCCAUGGGUGUUGGACAGAAAUGCAUUGCUUUUCCAUAAACUUCUCGAGGGUGAAUCCCCAGAAGGGGUGGAAAUCAAGAUGAUGAACAUUGUUGUUAGGGCUCAUAAUGUUCCGAUAUCGUACAGAACGAUGGAGGUUGCUACCCGAAUCGGCAAUCGUUUGGGAUCUUUCACCCAAUUUCUGAACAGCCACCAAGCUGACGUUGCUAGCUUCUUACGGAUAAAAGUGGCAGUUGAUGUUACGAAAUGCCUCCAACGUGGCUUUUUUAUUCACAAAGCCGAUGAUGCUAAGACUUGGCUGGACUUUACAUAUGAGAAACUGCCGACAUUCUGUUUCUUAUGCGGUAUCGUCGGCCACACAGAACCUAAAUGCCCACUCCGAUAUGAUGACCAGUUUGCGGAUCCCGGUGACGAUUUUCCAUAUGGUGUUUGGAUGAAGGCCAGUUUUGACAGAGACCUUACUACCUCUCGAAUUCCUCUCAGCGACAUCUCAUUGGCUACUUCUUCCACCAAGAGCCAGUCUCCGCCCAUAACCAAGAGGGGAUCUGAUAAGUUCGAAUUCUUUUCUCGACCGGGAGGAGAAAAUACGGCCUGUAAUGAGUGCGUAGGUAAAGAAAAUAAUGCUAUGUUGAUAGUGGGAGAAUCAGUGCUUAUAACCAAUCCGAUUCAUAUUGACCCAGACUGCCAGACACUAGUUUAA